UUCGUGCUGGUAGCUCGGGUAGUUCGACACCCGUACAAAUUGGCCUUCCGCUGGAAGGGUCCAUGCCGCGUGAGUGCGGGUCCAUAUGGACCACCCGAUGGAUGUCCAGCAGUUGCUACCCCCGCAUGCCAUCAGCCUCCACCACGCCAGUCGCCUCAAGCUGUACUCGGAAGCGGGUCGUGACGUUGCCGAGGAUCUCCUCGAGCAGGUUGCCUUUGGAGACAGCGGGUUCCAUGUUGAAGCUCUCAAGGAGAUCCGAGACAACGCCGGCCGCUUCGAAGUCCGUGUGCAGUGGCUGGGGCUGGAUGAGGCCGAGGCAUCUUGGGAGCCUGUAACGACCUUGUACGAAGAUGUCCCCGAGCUUUUUCGACGGUGGGUGAUAGCCAACGCGAAGAUGGAACUGAUGUCAUCGCUGGUCGCCGACGUGGAACAAGCGGCGUACAGUGCUGGUACGGCGUAG